AUGGCUUCAUACUACCAGUACAAUACCCAGCCUCCCCCAGUCUCGCACAACCACCACGGCGGCCGCAACCGCCGUGCCGGUCGCCUCUCCGUCUCACAGAACGCACAGAGACAGUUUCGUGGCGUCCGCAGCAUGAAGGAGCUCAACGAGACGGCCGCCCUCUCUGCUUUCCGCACCAAGUUCGAGGCCAUCCGUUCCUUUGACAUUGAAGACGAUCUCGAGUUUUGCCCCGGACUGUUGACCGAGAACGACUUGGUUUCCAUGUCCAGUGCUUCCGAACGCUCCUCUUUGGCAAGCAACUCUCCUGAUUCUUCCCCGACUCAACAACCCAACUCCGUUGUGUCCGGCUUCUCCCUCAGCUCCAACUCCCCCCCUUUCGUCCCCCCCAGCCUGAGCCAGCAAUCCAUGAAGCUGCACCAGCCCGCGGCUACUCGUGGCCGUAACGCUAUCCCCAUCAUCAACCCCCUUACUGGUAUCUCCAUGGCCAGCCCUCCUCCUUCUGUUUCGCCCGCCCGCAUGCAACCCAUGGGUCGCAGAUGGUAG